AUGGAGACUAUAACUUGUAAUGGAUCAGCAAACUCCUUGCCUAUCUUCUACCUUAUGGGUAUCCCCUCUCUGCCAAAAUCCCUCUUCCUUCCUAUCUUCUUUAUCUUUUUCUUCCUCUACCUGCUCAUCCUAGUGGGUAAUGCCCUGAUCUUGGUGGCCGUGGUGGCAGAGCCCAGUCUCCACAGGCCCAUGUACUUCUUCCUAAUUAACCUCUCCACCCUGGACAUCCUUUUCACCACAAUCACUGUGCCCAAGAUGUUGUCCCUGCUCCUACUUGGGGAUCGCUUCCUCAGCUUUCCAGCCUGCUUCCUGCAGAUGUACCUUUUCCACAGUUUCUCCUGCUCAGAAGCCUUCAUCCUAGUGGUCAUGGCCUAUGACCGCUUUGUGGCUAUCUGCCACCCACUGCACUACCCUGUUCACAUGACCCCACAGACCAAUGCUGCACUGGCAGCCAGUGCCUGGUUCACUGCCUUCCUCCUUCCCAUCCUGGCCGUUGUACAGACCUCCCAGAUGGCUUUUGACAACAUUGCUCACAUCUACCACUGCUUUUGCGACCACCUGGCUGUGGUCCAGGCCUCCUGCUCUGAUACCACCCCACAGACAUUCAUGGGCUUCUGCAUCGCCAUGGCAGUGUCUUUCCUUCCCCUUCUCCUGGUGCUUCUCUCUUAUGCCCGCAUCCUGGCCUCAGUGCUUCGCAUCAACUCCCGAGAAGGACGCUCAAAAGCCUUCUCCACUUGCAGCUCCCACCUCCUGGUUGUCGGUACGUACUACACAUCCAUUGCCAUAGCCUAUGUGUCCUACAGGGCUGACCUGCCCCUUGACUUCCACAUCAUGGGCAAUGUGGUAUAUGCUAUUCUUACACCUGUGCUCAACCCAAUCAUCUACACCCUAAGGAACAAGGAUGUCAAAGCAGCCAUCACCAAAAUGGCAUGUCCCCAGGACCCAAAGCAUGCUGGGUAA